GUUCCUCAGUGACGCAGCUGCUGGCUCGGGACCUGGACAACGAUCCGCUGGUCUUUGGUGUGGUUGGUGAGGAAGCAAGCCGGUUCUUCGCUGUGGAGAGCAUGACUGGUGUUGUCUGGCUCCGGCAGCCCUUGGACAGAGAGACUAAGUCAGAAUUCACGGUUGAAUUUUCUGUCAGCGACAGCCAAGGGGUGAUCAAAGGGACAGUCAACAUCCAAGUGGGAGACGUGAAUGACAAUCCCCCACGAUUCCACAACCAGCCCUAUAGUGUCCGCAUACCAGAGAAUACACCGGUGGGCACUCCGAUUUUCAUAGUGAAUGCCACAGAUCCAGAUCAGGGGGCAGGAGGCAGCGUGCUUUACUCCUUCCAGCCUCCUUCCAAUUUCUUUGCCAUUGACAGUGGCCGUGGCAUCGUGUCAGUGAUACGGGAGCUCGACUAUGAAGUGACACAGGCAUACCAGCUCCAGGUCAAUGCAACGGACCAAGAUAAAAACAAGCCACUGUCUACUCUGGCCAACCUGGCAAUCACCAUCACAGAUGUGCAGGACAUGGACCCCAUCUUCAUCAACCUGCCCUACAGCACGAAUAUCUAUGAGAACUCGCCUCCGGGUACCACCGUGCGGAUGAUAACAGCAAUUGACCAGGACAAGGGCCGUCCCCGGGGCAUUGGCUACACCAUCGUCUCAGGUAACACCAACAGCAUCUUUGCACUGGACUACAUCAGUGGAGCCUUAACCUUGAAUGGGCCGCUGGACCGGGAAAACCCCUUCUAUACCGCUGGAUUCAUCCUCACAGUGAAGGGGACAGAGCUGAAUGAUGACCGCACACCCUCCAAUGCCACCGUCACCACCACCUUCAACAUCCUAGUCAUUGACAUCAAUGACAAUGCACCUGAGUUCAACAGCUCUGAAUACAGUGUGGCCAUCCCAGAGCUGGCCCAGGUGGGCUUUGCCCUUCCCCUCUUCAUCCAGGUGCAGGAUAAAGAUGAGGGACCCAACAGUGUUUUUGAGGUUUACCUGGUGGGCAACAACUCCAACCACUUCAUCAUCUCACCAACCUCCAUCCAGGGGAAGGCAGACAUCCGCGUCCGUGUGGCAGUGCCGCUGGACUUUGAGACCAUUCCUCGCUAUGAAUUUUCGCUCUUUGCAAAUGAGAGCGUUCCAGAUCACGUUGGCUUUGCACGCGUGAAGAUUAACCUCAUCAAUGAGAAUGACAACCGCCCCAUUUUCAGCAAGGCCCUGUACAAUGUAAGCCUCUUUGAGAACACCACCGUGGGCACCACUGUCCUCCAGGUCCAUGCAACUGACAAUGACGUGGGCACAUAUGGGAAAGUCAGUUAUUUUUUCAGUGAUGACCCUGAUCGUUUCUCACUGGACAAGGACACGGGCAUAAUCCUCCUGACAGCUCGGCUGGACUUUGAGACCAUGCAGCGUUACACCCUGACCGUCAUCGCCCGGGAUGGUGGCGGGGAGGAGACGACAGGACGCGUCAGGAUCAACGUCCUUGACGUUAAUGACAACGUCCCCACCUUCCAGAAGGAGGCAUACCUGGGGGCUCUGCGAGAGAAUGAGCCCUCCGUCACCCAGGUGGUCCGGCUCCGGGCAUCUGAUGAGGACUCCCCUCCGAACAACCAGAUCACAUACAGCAUUGUGCAGGCAUCUGCCUUUCAAGAUUACUUUGACAUCACAGUGUCGGAAGGGUAUGGAGUGAUCAGCGUGAACCACCCCCUUGACUAUGAGCAGGUGGCCAAUGGGGUUAUUUACCUGACUGUGAUGGCCAAGGAUGCUGGGAACCCACCGCUCAACAGCACUGUCCCCGUCACCAUAGAGGUGUUUGAUGAAAACGACAACCCCCCCACAUUCAGCAAGCCCUCCUACGUUAUAACCAUCAUGGAGGACAUUAUGGCAGGAGCCACGGUGCUGUUUCUCAAUGCCACUGACAUGGACCGGUCCAGGGAAUAUGGGCAGGAGUCGAUCAUCUACUCACUGGAGGGGUCCUCACAUUUUCGGAUCAAUGCUCGCUCAGGAGAAAUCACGACGACAUCUUUGCUGGACAGGGAGGCCAAAUCCGAAUACAUCCUCAUUGUCCGGGCAGUGGAUGGAGGCGUGGGCCACCAUCAGAAGACAGGCAUUGCUAUGGUGAACAUCACGCUGCUGGACAUCAAUGACAACUACCCCACGUGGAAGGAUGAGCCAUACUUCAUUAACCUGGUGGAAAUGACCCCCCCCAACUCGGACGUCACCACAGUGGUGGCUGUCGACCCGGACCUGGGCGAGAAUGGCACGGUGGUGUACAGCAUCCGGCCCCCCAACAAGUUCUACAGCCUCAACAGCACCACGGGCAAGAUCCGCACCACCGGUGUGCUGCUGGACCGUGAGAACCCCAAUGCCCAGGAGGCCCUGCUCAUGCGGAGGAUCGUGGUGUCAGUCACUGACUGUGGGAGGCCACCCUUGCGAGCUACCAGCAGUGCUACAGUUUUUGUCAACUUGCUGGACCUGAAUGACAACGACCCCACUUUCCAAAACCUGCCCUUCGCCGCUGAGAUCGCUGAGGGCCUUCCUGCAGGAUCCUCUGUCUUCCAGGUAGUGGCCAUCGACCUGGACGAGGGUCCAAAUGGACAGGUGACAUACCGCAUGCAGGUGGGGAUGCCCCGCAUGGAUUUCCUCAUCAACAGCACCAACGGGCUCGUCACCUCCACCACUGUGCUGGACAGGGAGAGAAUUGCUGAGUACUACCUGCGGGUGGUGGCCAGUGAUGCCGGUGUGCCCUCUAAGAGCUCCACCAGCACCCUGACUGUCAAAGUUCUGGACGUGAACGAUGAGAACCCUACCUUCUUCCCGGCGGUCUACAACGUGUCACUGCCUGAAAACGUGGCCCGGGAUUUCAAAGUGGUCAGGCUCAACUGCACGGAUGCUGACAUUGGGCUGAAUGCUGAGCUCAGCUACUUCAUCACAGGUGGGAACCAGGACGGCAAAUUCAGUGUUGGCUUCAGAGAUGGGGUGGUCAGGACAGUCGUGAGUCUGGACAGGGAGACUGUGGCAUCAUACACAUUGAUCCUGGAGGCUAUCGACAAUGGCCCCACUGGGAACCGGCGCACCGGGACUGCCACCGUGUAUGUGACUGUCCUGGAUGUCAAUGACAACCGACCCAUCUUCCUUCAGAGCAGCUAUGAAGUCAGCGUCCCUGAGGACAUCCCAGCUGCCAGCAGUAUAGUGCAGGUGAAAGCCACAGAUGCAGAUGAAGGCAUCAAUGGGAGAGUAUGGUACAGGAUUGUCAAAGGAAACGAGCACAACAACUUCCGCAUCAAUCCCAGCACUGGGCUAGUGAUGCGAGGCGUGCGGCACCUCGACAGGGAGCAGAACUCCUCUCAUGUCCUGGAGGUGGAGGCCUACAACACAGAACAGGGACCUAUGAGGAGCUCUGUGCGGGUGAUCAUCUAUGUGGAAGAUGUCAAUGAUGAAGUGCCGGUGUUCACCCAGCGGCAGUACAAUCGCCUGGGGCUGCGGGAGACAGCAGGGAUAGGGACUUCGGUGGCAGUGGUCCGGGCCACCGACCGAGACACAGGGAACGGCGGUCUGGUGAACUACAGAAUCCUGUCAGGGGCAGAAGGAAAGUUUGAGAUUGAUGAGAGCACUGGUCUCAUCACAACGAUUGAGUACCUGGACUACGAGACCAAAACCAGCUACCUGAUGAAUGUGUCUGCCACAGACCAAGCACCCCCCUACAACCAGGGCUUCUGCAGCGUGUACGUCAGCCUGCUGAAUGAGCUGGAUGAGGCUGUGCAGUUCUCUAACAGUAGCUACGAGGCUGUGAUCAUGGAGAACAUCCCCCUAGGCUCUGAGGUGCUGCAGGUCCAUGCCCGCUCUAUUGACAACCUCAACCAGAUCACCUACAAGUUUGACCCCAACACCAAUGCCCAGGCGCUCUCCCUCUUCAAAAUCAAUGGGAUCACUGGUGUGAUCACAGUCAAAGGCCUCGUGGAUCGAGAGAAAGGGGAUUUCUACACCUUGACGGUGGUGGCUGAUGAUGGAGGACCAAAAAUUGACUCUACGGUGAAGGUGACCAUCACGGUUCUGGACGAGAACGACAACAGCCCCCAGUUUGACAUCACCUCCGACUCAUCCGUGAGCGUGGCAGAGGACAGCGCUGUUGGCAAGCGGGUGGCCCUGGUCCUGGCCCGUGACCCAGAUGCAGGCAGCAACGGGCAGGUGACUUUCUCGCUGGCUUCAGGGAACAUUGGCCGGGCUUUCGAGAUCCGUACCACCAACAACACUUAUGGUGAGGUGUUCGUGGCACGGCCACUGGACCGGGAGCUGCUGGAUCACUACACCUUACGAAUCCAAGCCUCAGAUGGUGGUGUGCCUCCCCGGAGGAAGGAGCACACUCUGCGAGUGAAUAUCCUCGAUGUCAAUGACAACCCCCCCAUCAUCGACAGCCCCUUCGGCUACAAUGUGAGCGUGAGUGAGAAUGUCGGUGGUGGCACAGCAGUGGCCCAGGUACGUGCCACUGACCGGGACAUCGGCCUCAACAGCGUCCUCUCCUACUACAUCACCCAUGGGAAUGAGGACCUAACUUUCCGCAUGGACCGUGUCACCGGCGAGAUCGCCACCCGGCCGUCCCCACCAGACCGCGAGCGGCAGAGCUUCUACAGCCUGGUGGUCACCGUCGAGGACGAGGGCAACCCCUCCCUGUCGACCAUCCUGAAGUUCCUCUUGCUGUAA